UUCAAAUUCAAGUAAAACAUCUUCAUGAAACACUUCACGCAUUUAUGAUGGGCAGUUUCAAGUAUUUUGAAGCAAAAAAUAAAGAUUCACCAAAGAUGUUCUUGGAAAACAAUGCAGCUCUUUGUUCUAGAAAAGAAAUUAAUGAUGGUGUUUGGGAUUCCAAAAGUAUUGAAUGUAAAAUUACUGAAAGGAAUUUAGUGAACCCAGUUUCUCAAGAAAUAGUCCAUGAGACUUUCCCUCCAGCAGAUUUUACUCUUGUAUCAACAUCAAAAAAGGCUGUUGUACUUUCUUGGAAUUUAGUAAAUAAUAUGGAAAAUUUAAGGGCAGAUAAACUUUUAGGUUUCAAAAUAUACGUUAAUGGGCAACCAAAAGCUCUUGUGCCUAAAUCACAGACUAGAAUUAUAAUUUCAGACUUAAUUCCAUCAUUAACUUAUAAAUUCAAUGUGACAACAGUAUCAACAUUUCAAGAAUCCAAAAUGUCUCCAACAAUCAUUGCAGUUUACCGCUGCCCUUUAGAGCCUUUGGAUGAUAUGGAUGAAAACACAGUGAAGAGAUCUUUCACUGAUUUAGAAGGAAGUUACAUAAGUAAACAACACUUCUACGAAAAACCUGAUAAUUUAGAGAAGAUAAUUGAAACAUCGAAUUCUACACAUCUACCAGAUGAAUUUAUGACAACAAAUUCAAACCCUGCCUCUAUAUUAUUUCCAUUUUCUAGUCCAAAUCAAAAAGACAUUUGUAAACAGUCACAAACCACUAAUGAUAGAACUUCCCCUCAGACACUACAUGGCUUAAAUAAUAAAACAGAUGUUAAGCAUGACCAAUCUUUUAUUGAAACUUUAAAUAGUUUUACAAACUCAUGCUUAUCAAUACUCUCUGUAACUGAUGGACAUCAAACUCUUGAUAACGGGUCCAGCAUCUCAGUUGCUACUGCUGAAACUUCAGGAUCAGAUCAGAAAAAGAUGACUGUUGCAGAAACUGUAGAGCAGCACUUCCUUCAGUGCCAAAAAAAUACCUUGACUCUGGAUUCGAAUGAGGAAAGAUUUAUUUUACAAGCAAAUCAAAGGAAAUCAUCAACCUUGGGUGAUAUUGCUUCCAAUCCUACCAGUGAAGCACAUAGUUCUCUUCCCAGUCAAGAAAGUGCAUUGUCUUUGGGGUCUGAAGAAGAAAUCUAGUAUUUCGAAUUGGAUAAAACUAGAAACGUUGGAGUUGAAUAAUGAAACUUAUUUUUCAGCUUAUGUGAAAGUGCCCCUGGCCAAUAUGUAAAUAUUACAAUGUCAUUUCAGGUAGGCUGGUUAUUGUUGUAGUAGUAUUGUUAUACGCAUUAAAAUGUAGCAAAAUCAUCUGUCUUUUGUCUUUCUUUUAGUUUUAAGAUCAUUAAAACACUUAUUGGAAAAUAAACAUCAUUUGAUCACGUUC